AUGAGCGCAAUGGACCACGCCGCGGGGACCUCCCCUCGCUCCGGAAGGCUGGCAACCCCCCAUGUCUCAUCCAGGCAUGCUAGUUUUCAGUCUGCAAGUCAGGAGGACUGUACUCCUCUCCCUUCAAUCAAUGAGCGUUUGGCCUUUCUCUGUCCAUCCCGGGAGCUGCUGGAAUACUACCACAAGACGAUCGCUGACUUUGAUAGGGAGCAUGAGGAUUUGCUUAAAAGGCUGGAGAGAUACAAAGAAACGUAUGAUGAGCAGCACAAAUUGCAGUGGGAAGUACGUCAGAGAGAAGAGGAGAUUGCAGAGUUGCAAAAGGCUUUGAGUGAUAUGCAAGUCUACCUCUUCCAGGAAAGGGAACAUGUCCUUCGGCUUUACUCAGAGAAUGACCGGCUGAAAAUCAGGGAACUGGAGGACAGAAAAAAAAUUCAGUAUCUCUUGGCUUUAGUGGGAACAGACAAAGGAGAAGUUACAUAUUUUCACAAAGAGCCUCCACAUAAGGUUACUGUUCUGCAAAAACCAGCUAAAUCGGGAGUGUCACAUGAACGGAAUGACACUUCUAGAACAGGCACCAAGAGGAACACUUCAAUAUCAGCAGCAAAAGGCAAGAAACCAGAAAGUCCUGAGAGGUAUCAGAGAGAUACUCAAACACUUCUACUUCAGGUGGAGGCCCUGCAAGCUCAGAUAGAAGAACAGACCCAAUUAUCCAAAGAACAGGUUGAGGCACUCUUAGAGGACAGGCGGAUUCACAUGGAGGAAGCGCAGGUCCAGCAUCAGAGGGACCAGGACAAGAUCAAGGCUAUAACAGAUAAACUCCAUAAAACUCAAAAUCUCUUAUAUGAGAGUACUCGUGACUUUCUCCAGCUCAAAUCUGAUGCCCGAGCCAAUGAGAAAGCAUGGAUGGCAGAGAAGGACAGUCUUUUAAGGAAACUUGACAAAAACAUGCGUAUCAGCAAGGAUCCAGGAAGAGAGAAGCAGAGAGAUAUCAAGAAGACACUUCAAGCAGAUGGAGCUUCGAAACUCCACAGCCGAGAACUAAAAUCACUGCAAGAACAGCUGAUGCAGGAGCAGCGCCUAUCAAACAUGUAUCGAGAGCAAUGCAUCGCCCUGGAAGAUGAGCUAGGGAGGAUUCGUGAGGAAGGAGAUGUUGGCAGAGAACUCUUUAAGGAGCGUUCAGAAAAGAUGGCUAAGCGCCUGAAGCUGAUGACUCAGCGAUGUGAGGCCUUGGAAAAUCGUCGUAAUAUGGAAGCAGAAGGCUUCAUGAAUGACAUUAAACAGCUUCGGCAGAAGCUGAAAGAUGUAGAGAAGCAGCUUUUUAAGGUGACUCUGAAUAUGGGACCAGACCAGGAUCUUGCAAUUCUACACGAGGUCUGCCGAGGAAACAGACUAACUCAUAAAAUUCAAGGAGAACUGAAAAACUUAAAAGCAAAAAUCUUCAUCUUGGAGAAUAAAUUACGGGUCUGCUGAAGCAGAGAACUCACCUGCAAGAGCCAGCAACAUCUACACUUACUUUGGAUGCUGGGGGUGAGGGAAAUACUGAAGUGUCAUCUUCUCAUCCCCUUUCUCCCCUUUCACACAGAGGAAGCCCAUAAUAAAAGACAUAGAGUAUCUUACUUAACCCCAUGGUAUUAUAUAUCUUUUUAGCUUUAAACGUUAUCAUGGUUACAUACCAACAAAUCACAGUCAACUUUUGCCAUAGCAGCUAUUGCUGCUGAACUGUAACUGAAAUUGGGAUGGGAGAGCAGGUGCCAGUUGCUAUGUGAUAAUUGUAACUAGUGUAUUAUAAUUGCCUUCAUACCAGACAUCAGGACAUUACAAUGCUAGAAAACAGCUGAAAACUUCAGCCUAAUUUAUAGUUGUGGGUAUUGAUGGCUUUUACUGUAGUACUAGCAAAUCUUGUCCACCUCAUAGAUUGGGCAGAUCUGUGUUGGGAAAGGGAUUUCAGUGCCUCUUUCUACUGUUAAAUGUGACAGAAGCAAAAUAAUAUCUAAAGUAUACACCUAUAGGCUACUAGCACUUCCUUUCUUGUAGAGAAGAACUUAGUGUGUGACAGCAGACAGUUUCUUCUGGAUGUGGUAAUGCCACAGAGAUCCUCCUUCAGCAUCUGGGAGAGGCACAUGUGAAAAAGAUGUUCUUGUGCUCUCAGGAUUUGGAGAAAGAAUUGGUUUUAUAACACCAGCUAAAGCAUUUGCAGGAAGGGAAAUUUCCUUAAGAAGUCAUGGCCCACGUUGUGUAUCCUUUUUCUGACAAGUUUGCUGUCCUGUAUGGUCCUAUGCUGUGGCAUACAUUUUUGUAUGUGUUCUUGAGCUCAAAUUCAUCACAGACUGAUGUGGCUGAUAGUCUGUACCUGGAUGCUCAGAUACUACUACAGCUUACGAGAGGCUGUUUUAAAGUGUGUUGCACUGAUUGGUUUAGCUGAAAAUGCUGAACUGUUCAGAAACUGAUUCAUGAACAUCUUGGGUGCCAAUGCUAUGUGGACAGUAGAGGAGGUUUAUUAAAUAAUGCUACCCAUCACUUAGUCUCGCUAUUUGUUGACUAGUAGUUUCUCAGAUAGGUCUAGCUAAUUGAAGUGAGUUUCUGAAAUACCUUGCUAUUGGUUUGAAGAUAAGAUAUCAAAGUCAUCCCAGGUCCUGGGAGGCUACUUCUGAAAAUUGCUACUUAAGGAAGUAUGAGCCACUUACUCAGCAGGGUCAGCUAGUGGGAAGCUAGCAAGAAGUUCUCUUGAUCCUAUAGAAAUAAAUGUGUUUGUGUUUAUUUUCAACUUUUCCUGGCUAAAGAGUUGCCUAUGAAAUGACAUCUUCCUCAUUUGAAAGCCACAAAGCAUAGGUAAAGGCUGUAGGCUGACAUUCAGGUUUGUAAGACUGGGAGGAAGUAUUGGGGAAAGAAGGAUUUAAAUGUUGAAUUUCCUGUGUCCCUCACCCGGUAUUCCUUAUUAAUUGGAAGACUGAACAGAAUAAAACAAUGUUUCUAAUA